UCCUGUUUGGCUGUUUGGAAUCCUGCAGCAGGUGUUGGAGUUCAUUUUCAAACAUUUGAGCCAAAUGAAGUCAAAAAUAACCAAUAAGAGAACAUAAAUGGUCUGUAUUUACAAAAUGAUGGUUUCUAUCUACACCAUGACGUCAGCACCAGUAGACAUGAGCAAGGCCAAGCAGAGCAAGCAGGUACCGGAGCCCACCGAACCUCUGUGCCCAUCAAAAGGCCCCAAAACACCGAGGAUGCCCAAGUGCUCCCGCUGUCGGAACCACGGCUUUGUGUCUCCUCUGAAGGGACACAAGCGCUUCUGCAACUGGAGGGACUGCCAGUGUCCCAAAUGCAAGCUGAUAGCGGAGCGGCAGAGAGUGAUGGCGGCCCAGGUCGCCCUGAGAAGGCAGCAGGCUCAGGAAGAGGAGCUUGGUAUUUGUAGUCCUGUGACUCUGUCCAGCUCUGAGGUGAUGGUGAAGGAUGAGGCAGGACCAGACUGUUUGUACUCUGUGGAGGGACGAACCCCAACACCUACCGGAUCGUCUUCUCUGGCUGUCACAGGGAUUCGCUCGGCUUCGUCCCCCAGCCUGUCAGCUGGUUCCCGGGCUCACACCGAGGGACAGUCAGACCUGCUGCUGGAAACCUCCUACUACAACUUCUACCAACCUGCUCGCUACCCGACCUAUUACAGCAACCUCUACAACUACCAACAAUACCAGCCCCAUGGAGAGAGCCCCCUCUCCAGCCACAGCAUGUCCUCUCAGUACCUCAUGCACUACCUGUCCCAGGGCCUGGGCUCCACCAUCUGUGUGCCGCCUCUCUUCAGCGUGGAGGACAACAACAAUAACAACAACAACUACUCCGAGACCAUGGCAGCCUAUAUCGAGCUACAAAUCUCUGCCUUGGAUACUCAUAGAGACAUUAAUAUGAUAAACUUCUAUUGGAUCCUGCAGCUUUCUCUCCAGGAGGUCUCUCCCCCGCUCAGGACUCCGCCUUAACCUGCAGGUCCAUCAGCUGCCUGGUCAACUCUGACAUCACCACUGAGGCCAGCGGCGAGACCCAAAUCUUCACCUCCGUCAUGGAUGGUGACGCCGCCAAAUAGAAGAAGCUAAGAUUAGCAUUACAUGACAAGAGCAUUAUGAGAUAGCUAAAUCUAAUGUUAUGCAAAAGUUUUAACGUUGAUGUUGCACAACACGUGUUCUGAACUGUUUCAGAUUGUACAUGUAGUUUGUUUUUUUCCUGCUGUUCCUCUUUUAAGCCUCAAAGCUGUUAAAUCUUCUGUUAGAGCCAGUUCACCUGCAUGGAUCUUAGAAAUUGUGCAAGUUCACAAAUAACAACCACGCAAAGCUUUUAGGAGUUCUCGUCUUAUCGCUCGUGAAACUUGAAAAAGACAUUUAAAAAGAUGUUUAAAUCAAGCGUGAAUAUGUCUCUUGACUCGCAGUAAUCACGCACGGACAAAUGUUUUUCAGACUACUCAAUGACCGGUUUGUUUUUGAAGCUGAACAUUUGCUCCAAACCUCUAAAAGCACAAAGUUCAGUGUUCUUAGUACCGAAAGAAGAGGUGACACAAAAUGUAGAAUAAUGUCUUUAAACUCUUUGUAGCGGUUAAUCUGAGUAGGGCCGUUUCAGUUCAGAAUAAAGCAGCAGCAUUUAGUUACUCAAUGGUUGGACAAUCAGAAAACAGGCUUAGUGUUUGCUAAGAUAUCUUUACUGAGCUUGAAUCUAAAAUCCAAAGCACGUAAGAAGUGAAAUUGGGUCUAAAAGAGAAGAUGCAUUCCCUCGUUUUUUGAGCACUCCCACUGGCUGACAAAGGUUUCUAUGCAAAACGUGUGUAACGUUGCACUUUUUAAUUUUUUUAAUGAGCAAUCUUUAAAUUUUAAAACAUGUUUUGCACUGCAGUAAAUCAGAGUUGGAACGAUCAUUACCCAGUAAACGAUGAUUUGGUGAUGGCAGGUCGAAAGAUGUCCAGACGUCCGAGUUAAAGAUUCUGUAACUCUUAAAUAAACCAUGUCAGUUUGAUGACGGUUCAUUGAAAUGUUUGGUCCUGAUAUUUGAUAUCAUAGAGGAUGCCGUGUAGAUUCUGUGAGUUCAUUUCUACAUUAAAUGUGUGAUAGUUUCAAAA